AAUUCUGAGCGAGUUGCCAUGACGUCCCUGGCAGGCCGGCUGGUGCACAACAUCAUUGGUAGCCAUGAAAACAGCCUGGUAUGGUUCCAUGGUUUCCUGGUCCUGAUUACAAUUGGGACAGAAUUCAACCAGUUGACUGAUUAUGCAAUGUUAUCAGUGGUGUUAUUCCACUUUGCAGUUUCAUUCACAUCUUGUUGAGAAAGCCUACACCUGCUACCGAAAAUGUUUACUGAAUAUGUGCUUCAGGGCUUGGAAAAAGUUUAUUUUGGAGAAGAGGAGCGAGGCAGUAGAGCUGAUGAUGAACAUGGAUGUGGCAAAUACUCACUACAGCCUACAGAGACAGAAAGUGGCACUUGGCCAGUGGAUGGAAUGGGUGCAGAUCCGCAAGACUAGGCAAAAUGAGGCUGUGAAAAAGAUUGCGCAAGUUUGGACUGUCGUCUACUGCAAGAUCAUCAUAGAUGCGUGGAAGUUCGUGGUACAGGACGCAAAGAAGACAAAGGACUACUUUGAGAGGCUGGAGGGUGUGUCAGAGGUGAACAGCCAGAUGUCAGAAGUUACCAUGGUAGCAGGGAAAGACAGCCUGUCACUGCUGCCCUGCAAGGUGUCACUACUGAUCUUCCAUUAUUUGGAUGUGGGGGAUCUACUGAGGUGUGCUGAGGUAUGUUGCACCUGGAGGACUAUCGCUCAGACGUGCUCGCUGUGGAGCAGGGUGUGUAUUGUGCACACAAACACACCCACACACACACAUAUACUGUGUACACGUGCACAAAUACAUGAAAUCACACACACAAACUCAGCAUGUUCUUGUAGUGGUCAUGUGUCCCAGUAUCUCUGGCAGAUCAACUUCUCGGUGGAGCGAGCCUGGAUCACAGACUGCACUGUGGGGCAGCUGCUACAGAAGCACCGCCCCUUUGUGAUCCACCUCAACAUGCGCGCCUGCAACUCGCUACAGUGGCCCAGCAUCACAUGCAUCAGUGAAUGCAGAAACCUACAAGAGCUCAACCUGUCUGAAUGCUCCAAUGUUAAUGAUGAGAUGGUGAGGAUGAUCGUAGACAGCUGCCCCUCUCUGCUCUACCUCAACCUGUCUGCCACGCUGGUAACCAACGGAGCUCUGAGAGAGCUGUCCAGGAGCUGUGUGAACCUGCAGUACCUGAGUCUAGCUGGCUGUCGCACCUUCUCUGAUAAGGGUUUGCAGUACCUGUCCAGAGGAAGGGGCUGCAAAAAUCUGCUGCACCUUGACCUCUCCAGCUGCACCCAGAUCUCUGUGGAAGGUUUCAGACACAUUGCUGCAGGAUGCCCUUCCCUUCAGGAGUUAGUGUUCAACGAUAUGCCAACCCUGACAGACAGCUGUGUGCUGGCACUUCUCUCCAAGCUCCAUUCUUUGUCUGCUGUCUCUCUCAUUGACACACCCCAUCUGUCAGACUCUGCUUUCAAGGCCAUCGCUGAGGUGGCCAAUCUGAGGACGUUCAUCACUGAGGGAAACCCUCGCAUGACUGACGUCAGCUGGAAGGCUCUGUGUCGCAGCUCCCCUGGCCUCACCAGCCUCCACGCCGCCCAGUGUCCCAGGAUGACUGACGUCAGCCUCAAGGCCAUGGGCGUCCUGAGGAACCUGCUGAACAUCAACAUCUCUCACUGUUGCAGGGUGACUGACAUGGGGCUGCGUUACCUGACAGAGAGCCCUUCUGCCUCCAGGCUGCUGGAGCUGAACCUGGGUCACUGCAGCCGCAUCAGCGACCUGUCCAUCAUGAGGGUGGCACAGAGGUGCUCCACGCUGAAGCACCUGAGUGUACGUUACUGUGACAACCUGACGGACGCUGCCCUGGAGUGGCUAAGCAGCAGCUCCAUCAUCUCUCUGGACAUCAGCGGCUGCAACGUACAGGACCAGGGACUGACGUUACUUGGUGGAAACUGUGGCCUGAAGAAGCUGGUGGCCUCUGAGUGUGUGUGGAUCACAGACAUCAGCAUAGAGAAGUUCUGCCGAGAGGUGCCAGGUCUGGAGCAGCUGGACGUGUCCCACUGCGUGUCCCUGUCUGACCAGGCCAUCAAAGCCCUGGCCUUCUACUGCAGGUCCCUCAUCUCCCUAAACAUGCAAGGCUGCCCAAAGAUGACAGACAUGGCGGUGCAGUACCUGGCGGGCACAGGUCACUUCCUGCGGGAGCUGGACCUGAGCGGCUGCAUGCUGCUGACGGACAAGACAGCUCGCCUACUGCAGCGAGGCUGUCCUCAGCUCUACAGCAUCAGCAUGAACUACUGCACCGCCAUCUCCAAGCUGGCCGCUGUGAAGCUGCAGACAAGGGUCAAGCUCUGGGAGCAUAGCCAUGACGACGCCCCCUACUGGUUCGGCUACAACAACCUGGACCAGCUACUGCAGCCAAUCAGAAAGCCUGGCAAAGUAGAUGACACUUGGGAAGAGGAAGAGCAAGCAACCGUUCUCAGAAACACCAGCUUCCAUGACAACAAGAGCAGGAAUGAAAGAGGCGUGUCCUCGACAUGUGCAGCCAACCGGAGUAAUCAAAGAAUGACCAGAAUGAAUACCGGUUAUUAA